AUGGCAAGUCACCGGGCCGUGGUGACGGUCGCUGCUGGAAAACCACUCGAGACACUAUUAGUGCCUACGCCGAAGCCAGUUGGCAACCAGGUUCGCAUUAGAACACAGUGGACAGCGUCAACCCCCUUGGAUCUUCACCAGGGAGAUGGCGGACUUUUGGUCCAACACCCCCAGGUAUUGGGAGAUGGGUUUGGGGGACAAGUGGUCGAAGUCGGACCGGAUGUGACGAAGCUCAAAGUCGGCGACAUCGUCUUCGGUUUUGGUUGGCGAAGCCAGAUCGAGAAGGCUCACCAAGAAUUUUUGGUCAUCAAUGAGAACUUGGCUGGGAAACUUCCCGCUGGCCAUAGCCUUCAAGAAGCCGUGACACUCCCCAACAACUUUGUUACUGCUUGGCACACUCUGACAAGACAUUUUGGAUUUGAGCUCCCAUGGCCAAAACCAGAGGGAUACGUGCCAAAGGACAAGGAUAAAUGGAUACUGAUCUGGGGUGCGAGCUCCAGCGUAGGGCAAUAUACGCUGCAAAUUCUUAAGUGGUAUGGGUAUUUUCACAUCAUCGCCAUCGCCAGCAAGGCUCAUCAUUCAAAACUGAUUGGAUAUGGGGCAAAUAAGUGUUUUGAUUACAGAGAAGCACAUGUCGUGGAGGAUAUUGUCGAGUAUGUGAGUUCUCAGACUAGCAACGAGCCACGGAUUGCGUUUGUGCUGGACUGCAUCGGGAGCCAAAGGGGGAGUAUGCAACCGUUAGCUAGGAUUGCUGAACCAGGAGCGAAAGUUGCUGUAUUACUUCCCGUGAUUGUCAAAGACGCCGCACCUGGAGUUCGGCCGGCAUACGAGAUGGACGUUGGAAAAGACGUGGAAUGGAAAACAGGGGUAGAUGCCCAGGGAGUCCGCACACACUUUUACCUGGACAAUGCCUUUUUGGCAGAGAAGCUACAGGCUGAGAUUAUGCCAACAGCAUUGGAGCAGGGGAUUGUGGAAGCCAAUGACCAAGUGGUUGUCGAAGGUGCAACCAUGUUGGAGAGAGCAGAAAAAGCCAUGUCCAAGUUGAGGAACAAGGAAGUCAGUGGUGCUAGACUGGUCUGGCGAGUUUCUGACGAUGAGUAG